AUGGGAUUGUGUAAACCUGCAAAUUGUAAUUUAUCAAAAAAUAAUAUAUAUGGUAUUUUACCUUAUAUAGCUCCUGAAAUUUUAGGAGGACAAAAUUAUACAAAAGCUGCAGAUAUUUACAGUUUUGGUAUAAAUAUGUAUGAAUUAAUUUCUGGAUUACCUCCAUAUUAUGAUUUAAGCCAUGACAAUUAUUUAGCAAUAAAAAUUUGUCAAGGACUUAGACCAAGAUUUAAUAUUAAAGUGCCCCAAUUAAUUGUUCAGUUAAUUAAAAGGUGUUUGGAUGCAAAUCAACUAAAUAGACCAACAGCAAUAGAAGUUAUUAAUAUUUUACGCAAAUGGCAAUAUAAAGAAAGUGAUAAUGAAACAGUUGAAUUACAGAAACAAAUCAAAGAAACAGAAAAAAUAAAUAACAAUUCACGAGUUCAUAUUAAGCCUUCAACUAGCUUGGGAAUAUCAUAUAAAUCACAUUCAGGGGCUAUUUAUACAAAAUCUUUACAAAUUAAUAUUUCUCAAUUGAAUAUUAAUGAGAACGGUAAAUAG